AUGGCGAACCGGGGCAAAACUCUUGACCAGCAGGUCUACUGCAUCAAGGACCUGGAGCGGUUGGGGUCCGAGAAAAUGCUCAAGUCGAAUCGCGAGUAUUACAAUGAGGGUGCCAUGGACCUUCUGACAUUGCGAGGGAAUGAAUCCGCCUACGAUCGAUACAUGAUCCGACCCCGGGUUCUCCGCAACCUGGCUACCCUGGACGCCAGCACCAACAUCCUGGGGUGCAAGGUGAAGUUUCCCUUCGGGUUCUCUCCCACGGCCAUGCAAACCUUGGCGCACCCCGAGGGCGAGGAGGGCACAUCCAAGGCAUGUGCCAAUAUGAAUACCCUCAUGGGUCUAUCCAAUUACUCGACCAAGGAGCUAGAGAAGGUCAUUUCGCACAGCUCCGGCAACCCUUACGUAAUGCAGAUGAGUCUGCUGAAGAACAAAGAUGCCAUGAUCCGCAUGAUCAAGCGCGCCGAAGCGGCCGGCUUCAAGGCCCUUUUCGUCACCCUGGACGUACCUUACCUAGGCCGACGCCUGAACGAGUACCGAAACAACUUUGGCGUGCCCAAGGGAAUGGAAUACCCGAACCUUUUCCCUGGUGUGGAUGUAACUAAUCUGGAGGAUGGUGACGAGUCCAUGGCGUACGACAACGCGAUUGAGUGGGCGGACAUAAUGCCCUUCUUCCGGAAACACACCAAGAUGGAGAUCUGGGGUAAAGGAGUCUACACUGCGGCUGAUGCAGAACUCGCGAUCAAACAUGGGUUUGACGGAAUCAUCGUCUCAAACCACGGAGGUCGCCAACUGGAUAGUGUCCCCUCCACCCUUGACGUUCUCCGCGAGGUCGUCCCCGUUGCCAAGGGUAAGAUCGCAAUUGCUGUUGAUGGCGGUAUCCGACGUGGUACCGAUAUCUUCAAGGCAUUGGCCCUUGGUGCCGACUUCUGCUUGGCUGGCCGACCCGCCAUUUGGGGUCUAGCUUACGACGGCCAACACGGUGUCGAGCUCGCUCUGAACCUUCUUUACGACGAGUUCGUGACAUGUAUGGGAUUGGCUGGUUGCAAGAACAUUUCGGAGAUCACAAAGGAGCAUAUCUCCCUCCUUCAGCCAGACGGUCGUCUGCUGAAGCUGUAA